AGAAAAAAUAAACAUUUUUAGCCUGGAUAUAAAAAUGUUCACGUUAGCAGCUAGCUUCAGUUGCGGUAGCAGUCCGUGACACUAAAAAGUUCGCUUCACUUUGUUAACUUUUCGAACUCUGAGUUCCACUAACUGGCCUGAAUGUGUAGAUCUCAGAUCUCUUCUGUGUUUUUAUAUAUCAUUAAACUUUUCAUUUAAUUCAACCUGGACCUAAAUCGUGAAACGUAGGUAAACAUAGAGCACCGCUGGCACUGGCCCUGGGGAGGAGUGGGGGGCUGUUUUAGUGUAACACCUUAAGAUGUAAUCAAUGUCCACCCCUGGUGGCCAGAUGUGGCUAUAGCUGCAGCGGUGCCCUGAAAUCAUCUGUGGCUGGCACUGCAGCUCCCCUACCGAACAUAUUAAGAUUAUAAACAGUAUAAAGAUCAUAAAACAAUAUCAUUUGACAUUUUAAUCUAUAAAUUCUCCAUUUAAGUCAGAAAAUACACAUUCUGGUAAGAGAUACAUGCCGUUCCAGUGUAGCUAACGGCUGGGUUAUAUGAAGUAAAUACAUGUAUUGAGAUUUGUGGUUAAAGCCACACUGACACCCCCGGUACACACAGACUUAGUACAGACCUGUGCGGUUGCUCGAGUGAUGACGUUUCAGUCCUGGCUAACGCUCUAUUUCGGCUCCCGUGUUUUUUUCCCCCCUGUUCGGUUGACGUCUCAGACCUAAGACGUGAUUUUUUUUUCUUUUUCUGUUGCUCAUUUACACGGAACUAUGGUGUCUCAUUUCCGCGGAGGUGGAUUUUUGAACGCGGAUUCUGUGUGUUUUGGCUGUCGCCCGCGCCUUCUUCUCGUUUCUCCCUGACUGAAUGUAGAUGUGUUCGCUGCCCCUCGUUUGCUCCGGCGUAAACCCAUGUCCGUGUGCGUCCCUCUCUGCCGCGGUCUCGAUAGAUGGUGCAAGUCAAAAUGUCCAAGUCGCCCGUAGAGCCCCUGUCUGCCAUGGAAGCCGGUUCUCAGUCGCACUAUUUCCAGCUGCCCAGGAAGUUGCCUAAACGGAAAAGCCGCUUCAAACGCUCAGAUGGCAGCACGUCAUCGGACACAACGUCCAGUUUCAUCAAACGCCAGAACAGCUGUGACAAUUACACCAGUAGACCGUCGGAUUCAGACCUGUCAGCAGAGGAGGACCGCGAGGCGUAUCGGCGUGAAGCCGAGCGCCAGGCACAGCUGCAGCUCGACAGAGCUAAGUCCAAGCCUGUGGCGUUCGCAGUGAAGACCAACGUGAGUUACUGCGGAGCUCUGGACGAGGACUGUCCUGUCCAAGGAGCCGCCGUCAAUUUUGAUGCCAAAGACUUCCUACACAUCAAAGAAAAGUACAACAAUGACUGGUGGAUCGGUCGGCUCGUCAAAGAGGGAGCAGACAUCACCUUCAUCCCCAGCCCCCUGCGCCUGGAGGCCAUGAGGCUCAAACAGGAGCAGAAACAGAGGAAAACAGGAGGGAACUCCUCCAGUUUGGGGGACAUGGUGACAGGGGGUUGGAGGACCACACCACCAUCUGCAGGUGAAUCCAAACAGAAGCAGAAGCAGGAGCACGUCCCUCCCUAUGACGUGGUUCCCUCCAUGAGGCCGGUGGUCCUGGUUGGACCAUCACUGAAGGGUUAUGAGGUGACAGACAUGAUGCAGAAAGCCCUUUUCGACUUCCUCAAACACAGAUUUGAAGGAAGGAUCUCAAUCACCCGCGUUACUGCCGACCUGUCGUUAGCCAAGAGAUCUGUCCUCAACAAGAGACCCAUAAUGGAGAGAUCCAACACCCGCUCCAGCCUCGCCGAGGUCCAGAGUGAGAUCGAGAGGAUAUUUGAGCUCGCCAAAACGCUGCAGCUGGUGGUUCUGGACGCCGACACCAUCAACCAUCCCGCACAGCUCGCCAAAACCUCCCUCGCACCCAUCAUCGUCUACGUUAAAGUUACCUCCCCUAAGGUGCUCCAGAGGUUGGUCAAGUCCAGGGGCAAGUCUCAGAGCAAACACCUAAACGUCCAGCUGAUGGCAGCAGACAAACUCUCUCAGUGUCCCCCGGACAUGUUCGAUGUCAUUUUGGACGAGAACCAGCUGGAGGACGCCUGCGAGCACUUGGCUGAAUACCUGGAGAUCUACUGGCGUGCCACCCACCUCCCAGGGAACACCCCUCUCAACCCCUUACUGGAGCAGAGUCUGAUGACCCCGCCCUCCGCCAUCUCCAGCCUACAGAACAAGAACCAGCCGCAGCCUCGUGAGGCGGUGGGCCUGGAGGGUGAUGAGGAGGAAGACGUGGGCGAGGAGGCCCACUCCCCCGUGGAGCAGGACAGUCUUAUGCCAUCGGACGAGGCCAGUGAUUCCUUGUCUCGCGAUCGCAGGGGGAGCCCGUGCCACAGGGGGGGUCAGGAGGAAGAGGAGGAGGAGGAGGAGGAGGAGGGAGAAGAGGAGGAAGAGGAAGAGGAGAUUGAGUACGCCUCCUCCUGCCACGCUCGAACAUACAGGGACAUGUACCCGCCUCACCGUGGGCACAGCGGCGGUGCUCACAGUGCCAACGGGCACGAGUCGCAGGACAGGCUGCUCCAACGCCAGGCUCAGCAAGGUCACAACCAGAGGAACAACCGGCAGCGUAGCCGUCCCUGGCCCAGAGACACCUACUGAGAACCACC